AUGCCGAGCAGUCUUGAAAACCAGUUCAUGAUGGCCUGGAGUACGAAUUCAUCAUCUUGUCCAUUUGUCAGCACCGACUGGCUCGGUGCUGCUGAUCUGCUUCCCAGCAACUAUAAAAUGCUUACUUCUUUGGGAUCUGGAGGCUUUGGAGAAGUGGUCAAAUGUCUCAAAAGAGACACCAAAGAGAUUGUUGCCGUAAAGAUCCCACAGUUUGACUGCAGAUUUGAUGCUGAAUUGACUCUGCUGAAGUUCUUCAAAUGGAAGGAAAUGGACAAGUGCAACAUUAUCACGUUCAUUGAGUCGAUCACACUGAAGAACAACAAAACUGCUCUGGUCUUUGAGAUACUGGAUACGACUCUAUAUAAUUACUUCGUUUUGCAAAGGGACUUCACCCCCCUGAAUUUACAAGAUGUCAGGAGUGUAGUCCAGCAGCUGGCCACAGCUUUAAACGGCCUAAAAACCAACCAAGUCAUUCAUGCAGAUAUAAAGUUAGACAACAUCAUGCUGGUGGAUCGUAAAGCAAAGCCCCUCGAGGUGAAGUUAAUUGACUUUGGAUUGGCUUUUCCAACCAGGUGGGCAAAACAAGGCGAAAACCACCAGACAACACACUACAGGGCUCCAGAAAUUCUUUUGGGACUUCCAUUUUCAGAGGCCAUCGACAUGUGGUCUGUAGGUGUUGUGAUGGGAUAUAUUCUGCUUGGCGAUUCUCUCUUCCCGGGACUCAGCGACUAUGACACAAUGCGAUGCAUAGUGGACCUCCUGGGAGUACCUCCAGACCAUCUUCUGAGUGCUGGGUUGUACUCAGAGAAAUACUUUGUGAAAAGAUCUUCUGGGGGGUGGAGACUAAAGACACCUCGGGAGUUCUGGGGAAAUUUAAAACCUGCCGGCGACUACAGGGCUUACCACUUCAGCAGCCUGGAUGACCUAGAAACUUGGCCCCUGGUCAACCUGAAUAUGGUGGAGGCUGAUGAAAGGAAGGAGUGCAUUGACCUGCUGAAGGCAAUGCUUCGGCUGGAUCCCAAUGAAAGGAUUACCCCUGGUCAAGUCCUCGCCCAUCCCUUCAUCACAAGGGGCACCCUCAACCAAAGCACUAAAGCCAAUGAAACCUACAGAACAUCUGCAACAUCUCAGCCAGGUGUCAUUUCUGUCCAGCCACAAACUGCCUGUGGCCUGCCGUGGGAAGAGGCAAAGGAAUCAAAGCAUAAAACCUUCAGCAUAUGUAAAGCCUUUAGAGCACCUCAAGCGUUACCACCAGAGGUUCCCACAGCUCCACAGACGCCCUCCUGCAGCCUGCUGUCAGAAAGUGUAACCUGCUCGAGUGGAGAUCGUGAAUCCACUUCAGAAACACCUCCAGGUAUAAUGUUGGUACGUCCUGCACCAGCUGAACAUUGCCUGCGGUUGGAUGAAGACAGUGAGCGGAGUCAAACUUGCCCAUCGGAUCAACAGGAGGAGCUUUCUGAAAGUACUCCAGUGGAGCCCCCUCCCCUUUUAACUGAGGACCGUAACAUGGAACAGGAGGACACAGAACUGACUGCAGCUACGUCAGACGGCACAAAGCCUGAGAGGAAGGAGAAAAAGAAGAGGAAGAAGAAGAACUGCUUCAGGCGCUUCCUGGCGUGGACCAAGAGGACGUUCUUCAGCUGCAUCAGUGUCGAGGAUGAGGGGUGAAGUAGUCUGUGAAGGUUUUCCAGCACAACACCUCGUUGGAUGCAUUUUACACAGGAAAUGUAUAGUUUGCAUGUGAUGCACACUAUACAUUUCCUGAAGUGUGUCCUCACAUGCAUACUCUGCAUCCAUACUCCUGCGAGGACGUGAUGUCAGCUGUCAGGAGUUGUGUUGUAAAAACCUUCAUAGUCAGUACUGCUUGUAUGCAAACGGCAGUAUACAUCUUUGCACACGACAUCCAUUGCACGUCUGUCCGUCCUGAAAGAGGGAUCCCUCCUCAGCUGCUCUUCCUGAGGUUCCUUCCAUUUUUCCCCGUAUUAACCCUUUGAAACCUGGAUCAUUUUUAGCAUUCUUUUGCCUUUUCCAUCUUGCGCCUUUGAAAUACUUAACAAGUUUGUGUGAUUUCUUCCAAAAACAUGAGAAAAAAGGUAACAGGCAACUUUGCAUGAAAUGUCUUACAAAUUGUUAACGAAAAUUGUCAAAGGUGGCAUGAAUAUUACCUUAAAAAUUUGUUAAAAAGAGAGAAAAUAUUCAAAUAACUCGGAAAAUAUACCAGAAAAUAA